AUGGAAGAAGACAAGGAUGUUUUUCAUUCUCCAGAAAAAACAAUGGAAGAUAGAGAUGAAAAGGUUGAUGAUGAAGACGAAAAGCAGAAGCUUGAGCUUAUGCGAGCAGCUCUCCAAAUGAAAAUUCCCUCCUUCAAGUUGCAAGAUGCAAGCAGUAAAUGUGAUAAGCUGCAGGAUGUAGACCAGCUAACGCUGAGAAGGUUUCUCCGCGCACGCGAUCUGGACGUGGAGAAGGGAUCGGCAAUGCUAAUCAAGUGCUUAUGCUGGAGACAAUCCUUCGUUCCAAAGGGUUUCAUUUCAGAAUCGGAGGUGCCAAAUGAGUUUGCUCAGAACAAGAUGUUUCUGCAGGGAACAGAUAAGAAAGGCCGCCCGAUUUCCCUGGUCUUUGGUUCUAGACAUCUUCCCAGGAAAGGAGGCCUUGAGGAAUUCAAGCGUUUCUUGGUGUUUUCCCUUGAUAAGCUGUGUCAAAGUCUGUUUCUUGAAAGCAGGAUUCCUGAUGGAGUGGAGAAGUUCACGAUCAUCGGAGACCUGCAUGGAUAUGGAUUCUGUAACAGCGACUUGCGUGCAAACCUUGCAGCUAUUACCAUUUUACAGGAAUACUACCCGGAAAGGCUAGGGAAACUCUUCAUUGUUCACGCACCAUAUAUAUUUAUGACGAUGUGGAAGCUUGUCUACCCAUUUAUCGACAAAAAAACAAGGAAGAAGGUCGUGUUUGUUGAUGAUAAGAGACUGCAUGAGACUCUGCUGGAGGAAAUAGACGAAAACCAGCUGCCGGAGAUCUAUGGAGGCAAACUGCAGCUAGUUCCAAUUCAAAAUGCCUAGUUGAUCACG